CAAUAGGUAAGGAAAUCGAAUUUCAAGUGCCCCAGAAGGACCGCAUAACGAUUCGGAACAACUAUCUCAUAGCAUGGCUCUCGAACGCUCAGACGAGCAUUAUAGCGAAACGCGACGGGCUGGAGUCAUUACCAGACGAACAAAGGAUCGUUAAGAACAUGAAUGCCUUAGAUCCAUUCGGAGAAGGCAUUUUCGAUUGGAGUGCUGCUUCAGCAAACGACCCGCUUAAUCCCAUCAAGAACACCGCCUUUGCCAUUAGAGCUACGGCAGCCAAAAACACAGCCCCAGAGUUCACGAACCUCCCCCGGGAUGUGUGGAUUUACGGUGACACGGCCCCAGGGACGCUCAUAUACUCGGUAUCCGCCAGCGAUAUUGACCCCUAUGACGUCAGCAGUCUAUUGAUUACAUACGAUGAUAACGCGAGCUUUCCAUUCUAUUACGACAGAACAAGGGGUAACGUCUAUCUGGGAUCGUACGGCGCGGCGAGGGGCACGUACAAUAUGACGUUCACUGUCACGGACCAGUGUGGAAACACCAACAGUGCAGUCCUGACAAUAAAAGUUCUCAACUGGGCCCCCAAAUUGCACGGCCUUCCGGCGUUCUAUUCUAUCACCGAGGAGACGGUGAACGAACUUACCCUAGCAACCGUCAACAUCACCGAUAGAGACAACACAACCUGGACAACGAAGACUUUUAACAACGACUCUAACCUGGAUGCGGAAUUGGAGCACGAAGGCUUCCGUCAGGCUUUUUCUGCAGGAACCGCCCGGAAUAUUGUCAUUAAUAAAGACAAUAAGCAUAUUAUGACGUACUCCGGGAACGAAGAGUUUUUCAUGAAAAUGUCGUUUACGGACGGGACUGACGCCACCCUCCAGGGUCACUUCAUGCUCUACGUGAUUAAAAACAGCAAACCGAAGUUUACGAACCUUAACAACGGCGCCAAGGUGACGGUAUCUUACCUGACCACUUCUAAUGGCGACUUUGUCUACGCGGUGUCUACUUCGGAUGACGAAAACGACCAUAUUUACUUUGAUCCGCUGACGUGUGAUACCCACGGCUGCGCUAGUCCUUGCCCUUGCCCUUUUGCGAUUGGCAAAGACGGUAUUAUUCAUACAACGCAAGACUUCAUGCGGACAUAUAUCACCGGUUAUGACGUCACAAUCAGCAUGUAUGACGACAAACACAGUCUUGACAAGCGAACUGCCACCUUGACAAUUCUUGUGGAGGACAUUGACGACAAGCCUCAGGUAAGCAACCUACCGAUGACCUACCCCCUGGGCGUGUCCGAAAACACCCCCCUGGGGACAACACUCUACACCGUGCUCUUCAAUGACCUUGACUCCGGGGACACGCACACCAUACACGCCAACUUUAGCGAGAAAUGGGCCACCAGCUACUUCCAUCUUAAUGAAACUUCCGGCGUUCUCACUACCGCCUUCAACGUUCUCGACUACGAAAAGGUGAUAGGAAACUCGUGGAGCUCGAGUUUCAAUGUCGCCGUGCAGGUCAACGACGGGAUGGACUGGUCGGACGCCGUGCUGUCUGUUGUGAUCCUGAACGUCAACGAGCCGCCGUCGUUCCACGAGACCAAAUACAAGAUGACGCCGGCGGAACAAGGCGAUAAAGGUAGUGGCGCCAGUACUUGGGGUCGCUGGAUGGAUAAGACAAAGGACAUUGAAGAUCAAGAUUUACUUGUAUCGGCUCUAAGCGAGGCACACACAUUCACGUGGGAUUGCGGGGAAUCCACGCGGUUUUUCCUCAUGGACCGCACCACCGGUGACGUCACAUUCUCCGCCAACUUCGACUAUGACACGGCUAACUUGACGACGCCCUUCACUUGUACAGUGAAGGUCAAGGACAAGGCUGGAAUGACCGCUACCACUUUGUUGGAAGUGCUCAUCGAUGACGCUAAUGACAACGCGCCGGUGUUCGCACAGACGACCGCCUACUACAUUUUCCAGGUGCCGGAUCUGGCGGCCGGCCGGUUUGUCGGUCAGGUGACUGCUGCUGACAGCGACAGGUCGACCCAAUACAGCAACAUCUACUACAGCUUUCUUGUAAACCCGUUCUUAAAAGGCUUCAUGGUUAUUAACGAUUUCGGAAAUAUUUACGUUAACGAGACGUGGAAGAAACCUCUGUUCGCGUAUGGAGUCUCGUACGAUCUCGUGGUGCUCGCCGAGAACGUGGAAGACCAUACUGGAACGCGCCACACGUCGACGGCAUCCGUGACGGUGUUCAUUUCCGGGACGUCAACGACCACCACGACGACCACCGAUCGGCCAGCGGAGUUUCUCGAAGAUACCCGGAGCGUUUCGUGGAUUUCCGUGCUGUCUGCACUCGGCGGGACGCUGUUACUGGUGGUCGUUGUACUCACUAUGGCGUAUACGGUGCAGGUCAAGCGAUACCGCUGGUGUAUACCCUGGUGCCGGAAGAAGCUGCUGGGGCUCGGCAAAAUGACAAGAAAGGAGAAGCGCCGGUACUACCGCGCUAUCUUGCGCGCCGAGGCCGGCAUUGAGGAAGGCGACGAAGAAGUGGCUCGCAUCACCCUCGGGGAGCCGGAACCAACCCAGGUGCAGUCCCCGGCGCCCCCCAUGAUGUGGGACAAGCGGCAACCCCAGACGGGUCCCACCGUCCGGAAGUCAGAUCCCGUGCUCGACUUCAAGGAGCCCAAGCCACCGCUGAAACCAAAUCCAUCGAAGAUGAUGACAGGUCGCACUGGACCUAAGAUCUGGACGUAAUCACUUACUGCGUUGAUCGAUGUUUCCUCCAUUUCUUAAUGCCCUCUUAGAAAUGUUUCUUCGCGGAAUGCCAGCUUUUUGACAUUUACUCAAGAAAUAUGAAGACAUCGACAUAACAUAUCAGAAACCAUUUAAUUGCAAUUGUGAUUCAUUUUUGGGCUUUAUGUUGUCUCAAUAAAUUUAAAUAGAAUCAUUAGUUUUAAUGGACACAUUUUUAAUAGAAUUUGAACAAGCGUCUACAGAAAUCUUGCUGUUCAAUUAGAAUUAAUAGCGCGGUACUUGGUCAAUUUUUUUAAUAUUAUUAAAACAAUUAAGUGAUCGUUUACUAAGAAUUUCUGCAAACACAAUACCAUCCUUUAACUGAAGUAUUUAAUUGAUAUGUCGUUUCUCUGUGAUUUUAUAUAUACAAGUUUAGUGUUAAAAGUCAUUCAAGCACAUUCAAUAAAACAAGACCCACCAG